AUGGCUGCGGCGGAUCCGCCGGCGGGUCUCAUGGACAUCGUCAGCACUCUAUCCCCGGAUGAAAUUCCCUUCAAGCUACGAUGUGCCAUCUGCAGCAAGCUGGCCGUGAACGCCUUUCGCCUCCCUUGCUGCGACCAGUCAAUCUGCGAGACUUGCCAACCAUCCCUCACUGAUACCUGUCCCGUCUGUGCGCAUACUCCUGUGUCUCCUGAUCUUUGUAAACCCAACAAAGCUCUGCGCACGACCCUCAAGGCUUUCCUUCGGACGGAGGAGAAAAAGCGCGAGAAGGAACGCCAAUCCGCAACACCUCUCACUCCCACGAUUCCCACUCCUGCAGAGAGUGAGCAGAUUCCCGCCAAAACUCCCGUCGAAAAAACGCCCGCUGAGGCCACCCCGGCUGAGAAUGCCGAGGCUCCACCAAUCGAGACCAAGACGGACGAGUCUGCACCGGAAGUCCCAGCCACGGUCACAUUGGUAGAGAAUCAAUCAAACGGGAAUACUGUUGAAUCGGGGGAACCUAUGACAGAACUCAUGGCAGAGCCCGAACCCAACUGUGGUGUCCCGGAGGCUGCCAGCACCGAAGCCGGCGCAAAGUUGGUCAAUGGAGACGCUGCUGUCGAGGAUGAAAUUCCUCCGUCUGCCCAGGACCCGGCUCAGCAAACCGGAACGAACAUGAUGAACAUGGGGCCCGGGGGCUUCCCCAUGGGCUGGAAUGGAAACCCAAUGAACUCAUUCAUGGGGAAUGGCAUGUUCAAUUUUCCGAAUCCGAUGGGCAUGCCCAUGACGAUGGACCCAAUGGCCGCAAAUCAGGGGAUGUUCGGAGACUACGGAAUGAACAUGACUGGUAUGGGCAUGAACAUGGGGAUGAAUUUCAACGGGCAGGGCAUGUAUGGAUCCUUAGGAUGGGACGGCUCCCAGCAGAACAUGUGGCAAGGCGGCCAAGAUAAAUUCAAUCCAAAUGCUUUCGCAAAUGGCACGGGCCCUCCGUAUGGAGGUGCAUUUGGCGGGUCUAAUAUGUCUUACCAUUCUAACCCCGACUUCCAGUCUGGUUCUGGCUAUGGAUCUGGUUAUGGCCGUGGUGGUUACCGCGGUCGUGGACGCGGCUACUUUGGGCCUGGCAGAGGUGGUUUCGCAGGUCCAGCUAACCAGCCGUUUUCUAAUCAAGCCAUUUCUAAUGAAGGAACCGAUGGAAUGCCCGCUGGUACUGACGCCUCUGAGCAAGUGAACGAAAGUGGUGCAGAACACGUAUCGGAGAACACUCCAGAUGGCAACACAGAUACGAAUGCAGAUCAAAUUUCAGGUGAUACCAACGGACAGCAACUUCAGGGGAUUCCAACUAUUGACAGUCUUGAUCAAUCGAUGUCUGCCGGUAUGAAUGGCUUCCAGGGUCCUAUGGGCCCAGGGUAUGGACGCGGCGGAUACAUGCGAGGCUCUGGGCGUGGGUACUGGGGUGGGCCGGCUGGUUCGUACCAGCCCCAGAUGCAACAGCCCCAGAUGCAACAGCCUCGCGGCCUCGGCGUCGAAGGUGCACCGGCUGCACCCCGCGCGAUGCGUCAGGGUCUGCCCAAUACCAGCGUCUUCCGGCAGCGCGGAGGUUUCCAUCAAGCACGAGGCUCAAGAGGGAGUAGUACCCCAGGACAUCAAAGUGGUGUAUCUGAAACCCCUAAGGACUCAACAGAACCUCGAUCUCCUUCAAAAGCGCAAUCUCAACCUCCGCGAACAGGAUCCCGAUCUCGCUCCCCUUCACAGAGUCGGGCAUCUCGUCCUCGUUCACCUGUAGCCAACGGCAUCGACGGGGACAGGGAAAACAGCCGAAAGCAAGACGUGAGGCGCGCCGAUCACGACCGUGUAAGUCGUCUUGAUGACCGCCGCUCUCGCUCCCAAUCCCGUGUUUCUUCACGUCGACCCUCGCGGUCCCGACACCGCGAAGGUGAUCGAGACCGACGGGAUAACCACCGUUCACACAGAUCCCGUCGCCACGGCCAUAGCCGCAGCCGCAGCCCCAGCAGGAAUGGCCCCAGCAGGAAUGGCGAAGGCAACUCAGACCGAGUAACUGUGAUCAAAGACGAGAACGAAGCCAAUGGCCGCAAGACACCUUCUGAAGCCGGUGACCUCACUGGCCGUAUCAGCAGUCGUCGAUCUGGCAAGGACCGACCAAUCCGCCGCGAGGACGAUCCCCGUCCCCAAUCCCGCCGCGUAAAGCGCUCACCGGACGAAUACCCAGACCUCCCAAAGCCCAAAGCCCCGGAAGCAGAAAAGGACCCCUAUACAUUGGAACGCGAAGCCCGUAAUCGCGAGCGCAUGCUGCGCGAGCAACAGAACCGAGGAACCAAACCAAGCAAAUCGAGUCGUCGCGAUACUCGACCGGAGCGCAUGGUAGGUGGCCGUCCUGUCAACUUCAAGUACGAGGAUGAGCUUUAG